AUGUCUUCGGAUGAACGAAAGAUUGCAGAGCGUAUGCUCAUGAACGAGCUGAAAGAGUUGCAAAAGGAAAACUGGGUGGACGUCGAGCCACGUGAUGGAAAUCUAUUCCUCUGGGACGUCGCCUUGAUCGUCGUAAACCCGACCUCGUUGUACUCGGGUGCCUAUCUCAAGGCUGAACUGAAAAUCCCGAAAAACUACCCUAUGAGCCCACCCGAAUUCCGCUUCGCCCGCCCACUAUUCCACCCGAAUAUCUACAAGGACGGCAAGCUAUGCAUCUCCAUCCUCCACGCACCAGGCGAAGAUGAGACAUCAGGAGAACUUGCGUCGGAACGCUGGUCGCCAGCGCAGCGCAUAUUCACCGUCCUCAUCUCCAUUCUAUCCCUUCUUGACGAUGCCGAAGUCUCAAGCGCGGCCAAUGUUGACGCUGGCGUCAUGCUGCGAAAAGACCCCGAAGGCUACAAGAAGGUGGUUCGGGAGAACGUCGAGGCCUCUAGGAGAGACAUUCCAGAGGGAUUCCAUAUGCCUCUGACUGUAGAGAGUGCCCCACCAGAAAAGGAAGAGGUCGAUGACGACUUUUGGUGCGAAUCUGAGAUGGAGAGCGACUUUGGCGAGGACGACAGCGACGAGGAGAUGAUGUUCGACGAUGAUGAGGAAUCUGACCCUGAGACUGGUGAGGAUGAGAGGAAGAGCAAUUGA